AUGUAUUUGUUACUAAGUUCUCUUUUUAUCAGUAUAUUAAGUUUUCGGAGUUUUUCCGAUGGUAAUACAAACUCAUCAAAUGAUCAUUUACUUAUUGAACAUAGUGUCACUCUAGAGAGUGCUGAAAAUGCAAUUCAACAACUUGUACCAGAUUUGAUGAUAGGAUUUGGUUGUAAAAAUUGUACUACGAGAGAAAUUGAAUAUUGUUUGUCCAAUGACGUCAUUGAAGAUCAUUGUUGUUGUCAAAGGAAAUAUCAUGAAGUAUUCCCUUACAUCGUACAUACUUGUUAUGUAAGAUCUAGAAAUUGUGAACCUACUGUUAGGGACUGUGGAGUAUUUGAUCGAUUAUUGACUUGUUGUUGUCAUCAUCAUCUUGGAACAAAAUGGAAAAUCAAAACGUCAUCCUCCAUUAAUGGUCAAAGUCGAAAAAGCAAAAGCUUGUUUCUUUUUGGAUUAACUAUAUUCCUUAUUAUGUACAAUUAUUAAAUUUUUAAUUACUUUUAAGCUUGUUAAGUAAUUUUAUGUUUAUA